UGAGGGUGAGGUGGUGCUGCUGCAGAGGGCAGCUCCUGGGGCUUUUGGGGCAGCUUUACUCCUGACCUGAGGGUGCCCUGAAGUUACCCUGCUGCCCAGUCUCAAACAAUGAACUAUGUGGGGCAGCUUGCUGAGACCGUCUUUGUCACUGUGAAGGAGCUGUACAGGGGUCUGAACCCAGCCACUCUGACAGGAUGCAUCGAUGUCAUUGUGGUGAGACAGCCUGAUAACUCCUUCCAGUGCUCACCUUUCCACGUGCGYUUUGGCAAGCUGGGAGUGCUGCGCUCGACGGAGAAGGUGGUUGACAUUGAAAUCAAUGGGGAGCCUGUGGACCUGCACAUGAAGCUGGGUGAUAAUGGAGAAGCCUUCUUUGUCCAGGAGUCAGAGGAGAAUGAGGGGAGUAUUCCUUCCCGUCUCUGCACUUCCCCCAUUCCCAUGGAGGAGAACCCAGGGGAUGUAACUCAGGCCUAUGAGGGGCAGGAGGCCUCAAGCCCUGAAGUGACCCUGUGUAAAAGGAGGCGCCGCAAGAAGAAGCCCAAGCGGAAGGAGGUGGCAGAGUCCAACUUGGAAGGCUGUAAGGGCACUGAAAGCAGAAUGUCUUUGGAAGAGAGCAGGCCACCAACCACCAGUGAUUCAGUGUAUUUCUCCUUUUUGGAUCUCCCCAAAGAAGCAGCAGGGUCCUUGCAGGCUCAAGAGAUCUACCCUUAUUCUGAUGGGGAGCUGGCCUCUGUGGACAGCCCCUCCCUGAGUCAUCCAUCUUCUCCCAAAAGUGACUCUGAGCUGGAGAUGAGACCUCAGGAGAGUUUUGCUCUAGGGACUGAACCCCAUAUGCAGUGGGCCUGGGGAAGGCUCCCUCAGGUGAAUAAAUCGGAGCGAGUUGAAUCAGCCAAGUCCAUAAAGGCCAUUUCUACUGCAGCAGCUAUCACGUCAAUGGCACCAGCUCUAGUGGAUGGAACAACCCCCCUUGUUGCUGUCUCUGAAGGCUUGGGAGGUGUUCCAAGCCCAGCGGGACUGCAGGAUGCACCUCAUUCGUCUUCUGUGUCUGUUGUUGAGCUGAAAGCCACAUCUCAGAAAGGGGAUGGCUCCCACAGCCUGCAGGACAUCCCCAGCACUGUAGGGGCUGAGAGCUUGGCAGAGUCUUCCUCUGUCCUUCAAGAGGAGCAGGGAACAGAGGAACAGAAGGAAGAAGAGCGUGUUGUACCAGAGGUUCAACUGGACUCUAAGCCCUUGGCUGCUGAGGGAGCUGCUGGCCUGAGGCAGGUGGGCUUGGAGUGUCCAGAACCCUACCUGGAAAGCCAGAAGAGACAAGGAUCCAUCAAAAAAAGUCCUCACCUGGGUCCAAGUGAUGUUUACCUGGAAGACCUCACCAGACUGCAUGAGGAGCAGGUGGCUCUUUAUUUCCCUAGAAGUGACACAGAGCAGAAUCCGAAGCCUGUGGCUGACCCCAGCAGCACUUUGUGUGUCCAGCUGCCAUCUGGCCUGCCUGCUGAGAGCCCCAUGGACUUGGAAUCAGACUUGAUGCCCUCAAUUGCACUGUCGCUAUGUGGAGGCCUUGGGGGCAGCAGGCAGCUCUGUCAUGAAAAAUUCAUGGAGCACAUCAUCUCCUACCAGGAGUUUGCAGAAAACCCAGGAAUCAUUGAUGAUCCAAACCUGGUGAUAUUACUCAACAAGAAGUAUUACAACUGGGCAGUGGCUGCUCCCAUGGUCCUUUCUCUUCAGGCCUUCCAGAAGAACAUCCCUGCGAGCACCAUUGAUCGACUAGUGAAGGAGAAGAUGCCAAAGAAGAGCAGCAGGUGGUGGUUCUCCUGGAGGAGGCAAGAAUUUCCCACAGAGGAGCCACAACCAAGACCAGGCAAGGCUGAUGUGGAGACACUGCAGCUGGAUUCUGUUCAGCAGAGGGAGGAGGAGGAGAUAUUGUCCAGUGAUGAUGAGCCCCUGGAUGUUGGGGACCUUCUAGCAAAGGAUGCAUCAGCACAUAAAUCUCUACCAACCUACAAGAAAUCUCUUCGUCUUUCCUCCAAACAAAUUGAAAAACUGAAUCUGCAGGAUGGCCCCAAUGAGGUGGCAUUCAGUGUGACAACUCAGUACCAGGGCACGUGUCGCUGUGAGGCCACCAUCUACCUGUGGAACUGGGAUGACAAGGUGGUGAUCUCGGACAUUGAUGGCACCAUCACCAAGUCAGAUGCUCUAGGACACAUCUUGCCACAUCUGGGAAAAGACUGGACUCAUCAUGGGAUUGCUAAGCUCUUCCACAAAAUCCACCUCAACGGCUACAAGUUCCUCUAUUGCUCAGCAAGAGCAAUAGGCAUGGCACACAUCACCAAAGGCUACCUGAAAUGGGUCAACGAGCAAGGCUGCGCCCUCCCCAAGGGCCCCAUCCUGCUGGCCCCCAGCAGCCUCUUCUCUGCCUUCCACAGGGAGGUGAUUGAGAAGAAGCCAGAGAUGUUCAAGGUUGCCUGCUUGAUGGAUAUCCAAAACCUUUUUGCCUCAAAGCAGCCCUUCUUUGCAGCCUUUGGGAACAARCCUAAUGAUGUAUAUGCUUACAAGCAAGUAGGACUACUGGAAAGUCACAUAUUUACUGUCAACCCUAAGGGAGAACUGAUCCAGGAACUCAUGAAGACCCACAAGUCAACGUAUGAGCGGCUGUCGGAGCUGGUGGAGCUGAUCUUCCCUCCUCUAGGGCAGCGUGGGAGCGCUGCUCUGGAGUGUCCYGAGUACAGCCACUUCUCCUACUGGAGACCUCCUCUGCCUCUCAUUGAUUUGGAAGAUCUCUCCUGACCCUGCUGCUCAUGGACACCAGGCUAAGGAUUCUCCAUGARCAUCUUCUGGAACUAGGUGCAACAGAUGCAUCUCUUCCUGCUGUGUGCUGCUCAGGUGUCCUGCACUUCUGAUAUGGGUUAUAUUCUGCACUAGAAAUACUCCUCAAGGGUAGGGGAACUCUAUCUUUAGAAAAACUGAUUUACUAAACUGAAACUCUCUCUAAUCCAGGUGCUUUCUUAAUGUUCUUUAUAUGUUUAAAGCGUGGCUGUUUUUUAAAGGUGAUGGAUCACUGCUGUAUUUAUUGAUGAGCCCCUCGCAUAGCUGUUUCUACCUCUGGUUUGACUGGUSUUUCCAGACAGUCCAGCUACCUCGUUUGGUAGC